AUGCAGCGUGCAGGAUCUAGCGGGGAGCGCACGCCUCUGGUGCAACCCACCUACAUAUUUGAGUCGAGUCUCACGCGCAGAUAUCACAAGCGCCUGCGCAACUUCCAGUGCGCUGUCUGUAUCAGUUUGAUAGCAAUCCUGAGCAUAGCCCUCCUGGUCACAGUAGGCUACAACUUAAGCGAUGACAUGGGUAUGGACAACAGCACGGAUGACUCUACGCCUAUUCCUCAGACAAACCUGACAGUAACGCCCUUAAAUCUGUCCAGCACUGCUCCAGAACUGCAACCAUUGUUGCAGUUAUCAUGGCCUUUGCAAGGUCGGCAACCAAAAAACUGGUCAAAUCAACCAACACCUGAAGAGAUCAAAACAGCAGUAGAAAGAGGAAAAGCUGAUCUCCAAAAAAGAAUAGAACUGGAAAAGAAACGAGCGCCACUAGCGAAAGAUACUCCUGCCAGCCGAGCGCAGAGAGCAGCUGCUACUUCUAAGGAUGUGAAACCAAUGGCUAAUAAUGCUUAUGCUGCUGAACAGGCCACCAGGCUCCUGGUUAAUGGCACCAACACAACAGGCCUGGAUAGCAUUGGCCGCGGGCCAUUGAUCAACGGCACCCUCCCGGAGCCCCGCUACUGUCAAAGUCCACCACCCUGCCCGCCGUCGAAGUACAGGAGCCAGGAUGGCAGCUGCAACAACCUUAAGAAUCCUUGGAGAUGGGGCGUCUCUCGUACACCGUUCAGAAGGGUGCUACCACCAGAUUACGGUGAUGGCCUAAGCUCUCCUCGUACCGGCGUGGACGGAGCACCUCUACCAAGCGCGAGAGAUGUCAGCGUGACAGUCCACCGCCCGAGCUACGCACACGAUUCUUCCUUCACUGUAAUGCUUGCAGUGUGGGGACAGUUCAUUGACCAUGAUGUCACAGCUACUGCUCUCAGCAAAGGCGAGAAUAGCAGUUCACUAUCCUGUUGUGACACGAACCAACCGCCGCAUCCAGAAUGUUUUCCAGUACCGCUGGACGUCGAAGAUCCUUUCUACGAGGAUUACAACCUGACUUGCAUGGAGUUCGUUCGGUCUGCACCAGCUCCGACGUGCUAUUUUGGACCUCGCGAACAACUAAACCAAGCCACUGCCUUCAUCGACGGAUCUACAGUGUAUGGCUAUGCGAAAAACAGAACGCUCCGACUCCGCACUGGGAAAAAUGGUUUAUUACGAAUGUUGCGCGUUGGAACGAGGGAGCUGUUACCGGCUUCGACAGAUCCCAAUGACGGAUGUAACACUGUUGAAAUGAACGAGAAGGGGCGAUAUUGUUUUGAGACUGGUGACGACCGUGCCAACGAGAACCUCCACCUCACAACAAUGCACCUGAUAUGGGCGCGACAGCACAACCGUAUCGCCACAACGCUCAAGAAGCUUAAUCCCCUAUGGGAUGACGAGGUCACCUACCAGGAAGCCAGGAAGAUCGUGGCUGCGCAAAUGCAGCAUAUCACUUAUGCUGAAUUCCUGCCUUCCGUACUCGGCGCGGAUGUGAUGUGGGCCCUGAAUUUAACCCUCAAGAACGAGAACUACUCUAACGUGUACGACCCUACAGUGGACCCUUCCAUCGCCAACCAUUUCGCUGCCUCGGCCUUCCGAUUUGCUCACACUUUACUUCCAGGCCUGAUGCGCAGCGCUGACCUGGCGAACGGUUCCAUCAACUACAUACAGCUGCACAAAAUGCUGUUCAACCCAUACGCGCUGUACACCGACAAAGGCACCAAACUGUCUGUACGUACUGCUAUGGAGACGCCAGUGCACAGCGUUGAUCCACACGUCACCUCUGAGUUAAGUAAUCAUCUUUUCGAGCAUCCAAUUCCCGCCAACACAUCAUCAGCUUCCACGAAGCCUGCACCUUGCGGCCUGGACUUAGUCUCGCUGAACAUCCAACGCGGGAGGGAUCACGGUUUGCCGCCGUACCCAGCUUGGAGAGAGCUUUGUGGGCUCUCUAGGCCUAAGAACUUUUCUGAUCUUAACAGCAUCUUCGAUGAGCAGUCUAUAAACAGGAUUUGUCAGAUUUACACUCACGUCGACGACAUAGAUCUAUACACAGGAGCCCUGGCCGAAGAUCCCAAAGGAAGACUUCUAGGGCCGACGCUGACCUGCCUAAUUGCUGACCAGUUUCUGAGGCUGAAGAUCGGAGACCGUUUCUGGUACGAAAAUGACGAUCCUGAGGUUGGAUUCACUUUAGAGCAACUAUCGGAAAUCCGCAAAACGACUCUCGCCGGGGUGAUUUGCGCGAACGAGGAACUGCUGGACCAGGCUCAACCCCGAGUCAUGGAGACGGUCAGCGCUAUAAACCCGCUGAUGGACUGCAAGGAGCUACCGCAGCCCACGUGGGGGGCGUGGAAACAGACUGCUAGUAAAGUGCCUAAAACAAAAGCGUAAAGGACAUUUUAAUGAGUAAUUCUUUUUGUACACUAUAUAGUAUCUAUACGUAACCAAGGAAUACCCAAUUCUACUCAUUCCGCAACAAUUAUUGUAAAGUCCUAAACUGAAUCUUGACAAAAAAAUCAAAUUUAAUCAAGUUCAAAACGCUGUCCACGUUUCAUAUCGUCUGGUUUAGCAGGAAUGGAUGUAACUUAAAAUCGUAAUAGAAAUAAUGAUAAAUCAUACCAUAUCAAGACGUAAAUGAUCCCUAACGAGUUCCUAUGCUUUCGCGAUUGCUAGACAUCGGAAAUCAAACUAUUAUUUCGGAUCUAAAAUCGAGUAUGUAGUAUUUGUUUUUUCUUGAUUUGAAUAAUUCCUUUUCGUGAAAGUUAUAAUAUAAGUUACGUAUAUUAUCUAGUCCGACUCGGUUGGGCAGCUUUCGGGAAGCUCCGGGACGUCUUCUCGUCCGCAAUACCGCAGUCCUUGAAGACAAAAGUCUUCGAGCAGUGCGUGUUUCCAGUGAUGACCUACGGCUCUGAGCCGUGGUCACUUGCUAUGGACCUCAUAAAAAAAGCAAAGUCACUCAACGACCUAUGGAGCGAGCAAUGCUUGGUAUUUCUCUACGUGAUCCAAUUAGAAGAACGAAAGUCACCGGCAUAUCUCGAAGGAUUAGCAAGUUGAAGCGA